AUGUCGUUCGGAAGCCUGAAGUCAGCACGAAAAGCGAAGGAGUCCCAGUCGUUUGUCACGAAGCCACAAAAUGUUUCUAUAUCCGCAGAUCUGCCCGCAUCAUCAGCUCCAAGCAUGCAGAUAGCUGCGACAGAUGUCGCAAACUUUGCAGGACCGUCAGACACGAACGGUGUCAGAAAAAAAUCUUCCGGGUCGGCGAGCACCCAGAAUCAAAUGCAAGUGGACACCUCAACAGAGACGUCCCCGUCUCCGGGACCUCCAGAUCUGCACCGGACGACAAAGCCAGUCUCGCUCGGCGGGCUGUACUCUGAACUUCCAUCAACGAUGGAGGUCCGAGAAUCCGUCCGCUCUGGGCGCGGAGUGUACACCAAAAGCGCUGUCACUGCAGGGACUACGAUAAUGACGGCCAUUCCAUCCGUAUAUGCGCUGUCAACGUCGGUGAUUGACCAGUAUUGUUCGGCGUGCGCGAAGCCCACGUCUGAGCAGGGUCGAAAACGAUGUAUGAGGUGCAAGACGGCGUCGUACUGUAAUGCGGAAUGCCAAAACCGGGACUGGAUCUCGCACAAGAACGAAUGUACAGCACUGCGUAAAUGGGCAGAGGGUGCUCCAUCACAUGAGUUGGCCAUCCCGGCGGAUGCCGUGCGGGUCCUCGGACGCGCGCUGUGGACCAUGAGGAGGGAGGGGUUCGAUAGCGUCUGGUUGCUGCGUAAAGACAGAGCCAGUCUACAGCCAUCCGAGUUUGAGACCCACACUCACCUGGCUCACUCCGUCGUCCGAUACCUAGGGGUGUCGUCUCCUCAGGAAUUGGAGCCCUACGGCCUCACAUCAGCCGGUGACUUGGUGGAUCUAAUCUCGCGCUUUACCACAAACACGUUCACACUGACGACCCCAUCGUUGGCACCGAUCGGGAUCUGCGUGUCACCCAGCGUGGCGCUCAUCAACCACUCUUGUGAACCAAACGCAGUCAUGGUUUUUCCGAAUGCUUCGGCUACCCCGAUCGCAAAUCCGCAAAUCCACAUCGUUGUUAUCAAGGGCAUUCCCGCGACCAAAGAGAUCCGGAUUUCCUACGUCGAUACCACUCAACCCACGCGUCUCCGUCAAACGGAGCUGAAAGCAGUGUACAACUUCACGUGUCGGUGUAAAAACUGUUCUGCAACCGAGACAGUCGAUCCGCGAGAAGCUCUCUGGUGUCCGAACGGAUGUGGAGGAAUGUGCCCUCACCCGGAUGAAGAUAGUCGGAUUUCGCGUUGCGCGAAAUGUGGAACGGCAGUGAAGGAUAUCGAUGCCGUCCUGGACGCGCUGCGCAUUGGCCAGCAAGCCCUCGACAAAGCGAUCGGCCUCCAAUCGAGAGACGCGCCACAAGCCCAGCGGCUUACCACGAACGUGAUCCCGCUCCUCCUGUCCGCCGGUCUGACCCCGUCCGCGCACCCGCUCCUCGCCCUCACCCGCACGCACCAGGAGCUACUCACGCUCUCGACGAUGCCGUGCGCGUCGCGGCGCGGUACAGCGCGGGGUGCAGGUGCUGCACCCACGGGGCACCCCGUGCGCACGCUCGCGCUCGCAGAGCUCGGGAAGCUGCUCGCAUCCCUCGUCCGUGCGCACGAGGAGGCGCGCAUUGGGUUCGGAAGGGAUGCAGACGGCGGACAGGUGGGGAUGGAGCUGCGAGAGGCGGCUGUCAGGCUGGAGAAGGAACUGGGGACGUGGACGACCGGUGUGAGGAACGCGUUGCGGGAUGCGGCGGCGGGUCGGGCUGGGGGGUCACAGUGA